AUGCAUUUGAGACUGUUUGCCUUCGUGAUGUCCUUCCUUUGUGAGGUGGUGAAGAUGAGGUCGGGCGUCCUGCAGAAGCAGAACGAUCACAGAGAGACAUCAGAGGACUGUCGUGGUUGUCUGGAGUGUUCCCAUGACAACGGCUGUGUGCGUUGCCCCGAGCGACUGUUCCUGCUCCUGCAGAGGGAGGGCAUGUCUCACCACGGAACCUGUCUCUCUGCCUGUCCCUCAGGACACUACGGACAGAGAGGGAAGGACAUCAACCGCUGCAUGAAGUGUCGCUCUCUGGACUGUGAGCACUGCUUCAGCCGGGACUUCUGCACCAGAUGUAAGCCCGGCUUCCAGCUGUUCAAAGGGAAGUGUCUGAGCCGCUGUCCUGAAGGAACCUUGGCCCACCUGACGGACUGCCUGGAGGACUGUCUCCUGGUCCCGGUGGGAGAGUGGAGCGACUGGAGUGUCUGUCUCCGGGACGGCGUCUCCUGCGGCUUCAGGUGGGGCAGGCAGACCAGGACCCGGGGCGAUGGGCAGACCAGGAGAACGCCUGAGGAGAAAGCAGCAGCACUUUGUCCGUCCCACAGCGAGACGCAGAGGUGCAGGAUGAAGAAGAAAUGUCCUUCAGAAAGAAGACAGAAUAAAAGAGGAGGACUCGGGGGGAAGAGGGAGAGAAAACGACAACAGCUGCUCGACAACGACGACGCUGGAUACCCGGUCAACGGGACAACGGACGGCGCCGCAGAGACCGGGGACGUCUGA